AUGGCGACACUAUCAUCACCCCCACAUUUUGAUGAUGAUAACUAUGCCUACUUGAAGGUAAGGAUGAGAGCGUUUCUAAAGUUGCUUGAUGAGAAAGUUUGGCUAACCGUGGAGUCAGGAUGGACAAGGCCCACAACAGCUAUAGAAGAGUCGAUCAAAGAACAAUUAUGUAGCUAUAAUUGGAACAAAAAAGGUCUAAAUGCCAUUUUCAUGGCAGAUUCUCCUGAUGAAUUCAAGAGAAUUUUCAAGUGUGAGAACUCCAAGGAUACUUGGGAUAUUUUGGAAACCACACAUGAAGGGACCAAAACAGUAAAAAAUUUCAAAUUACAAAUGUUGACCUCAAAGUUUGAGGAGAUAAAAAUGCUGGCUAAUGAGACUUUUAAUGAGUUUUAUGCUAAACUCAAUGACAUUGUUCAUUCUAGUUACAAUCUCGGUAAGAAGGUGGAAGAGGGACGAGUUGCGAGAAAAAUCCUAACAUCCCUGCCUGAAAGGUUUCGACCAAAGGAAGCAUAUGAGGACUUAUGUGAAGAGUUUAUGAAAAUUCAAAAGAUAAAUAAAAAGCUUUACAAAAACCUAAUCACCAUAGAGAAUGAGAAUGACACUUUGGUGGAGGCACUAAAAGUGACGGAAUUGGAAGUGACAAGGCUGCGCACACAGAAAGAGGUGCUGGAAAAGAAGUUGACAUAUGUCAGGAGACAAUGGUUGUUUAAAAAGAUUGAGUCCACUAGUGGAGGAUCCGUAACUUUCGGUGAUGGGAGUACAACAACAGUGGAAGGAAAGGGAAGUGUAGAUGUUCCUGGUUUACCUACUCUUCAUAAUGUCAUUUUUGUUAAUGGCCUCAAGGCCAAUCUAUUAAGUAUUAGUCAGUUUUGUGAUGAUCAUCUUUCUGUGCAGUUCUCAAAGGAUGAAUGCAAAGUCUACAAUAGUGCUGGAAAAUGGAUCUUGAAGGGCACCAAAACUGCUGACAACUGCUAUGGAGUCUCUCCUAUAAUCACGAUGUAUUGUCACAAAGUAGAGUUGGAUGAAACUGAGUUGUGGCACUACCGUCUAGGCCAUAUCAACUAUAGAGACAUGCAAAAAAUCUCUAAGAAGGAAGUUGUACGUGGACUGUCCAAAAUUUUGAAAAACAAGAAGAUGACUGAGAGUCUCGGUGGAAAUAAGUAUAUAAUGUUCAUCGUGGAUUACUAUUCAAGAUACAUAUGGAUCAUUCUGUUGAGAGAUAAAACAAAAACCCUAGACCUUGCGAAGAAACUGGGGAUAUAUCAAGAGUUCUCAGCCCCAGUCACUCCACAACAAAAUGGAAUUGUGGAGAGGAAAAAUAGGACAUUACAAGAGAUGGCUCGCACCAUGCUGAGUAGUAAAAAGUUGGUGUUAUACUUCUGA